CGGCGGCGGCGUUGGCGGCGGCGUUGGCGGCGGGGAGGGCGGCGGGAGCGCACAGACACGCACACGCACACGCGCACACACGGACACACACUCCGGAGACGCACACCCGCGCGCACACACGCAGAGGCAGCUCGCCUUCCUGCCUGGCUUCCUUCCUGUCUGCUCCGCGCCUGACAGGCCCCUCGCUGCAGCCAGGGGCCGCCAGCUCCGGGCCGAAGCCGGGCCGGGCCGGCGGCGAGGGCAGCGGGGCCGCGGGCGGCGGCGGCGGCUCAUGCCCGGCCUGUCCCCGCGCGGGGCGGGCACCGUGACUCGGCUGGGCCCCCAGCGGCGGGCGAUGUGAAGAUGUCAGUGGGCUGUGCCUGUCCUGGUUGUUCCUCAAAGUCGUUCAAGCUGUACUCACCGAAGGAGCCCCCGAACGGCAACGCCUUCCCCCCUUUCCAUCCCGGCACCAUGCUAGAUCGGGAUGUGGGCCCAACUCCCAUGUACCCGCCUACAUACCUGGAGCCUGGGAUUGGGAGGCACACACCAUAUGGCAACCAAACUGACUACAGAAUAUUUGAGCUUAACAAACGGCUUCAAAACUGGACAGAGGAGUGUGACAAUCUCUGGUGGGAUGCUUUCACAACUGAGUUCUUUGAGGAUGAUGCCAUGUUAACCAUCACUUUCUGCCUGGAGGAUGGACCAAAGAGAUAUACCAUUGGCCGGACCUUGAUCCCACGCUACUUCCGCAGCAUCUUUGAAGGGGGUGCUACGGAGCUAUACUAUGUGCUUAAGCAUCCCAAGGAGGCAUUCCACAGCAACUUUGUGUCCCUCGACUGUGACCAAGGCAGCAUGGUGACCCAGCACGGCAAACCCAUGUUCACCCAGGUGUGUGUGGAGGGCCGGUUGUACCUAGAGUUCAUGUUUGAUGACAUGAUGCGGAUAAAGACGUGGCACUUCAGCAUCCGGCAGCACCGAGAGCUCAUCCCCCGCAGCAUCCUUGCCAUGCAUGCCCAGGACCCCCAGAUGCUGGAUCAGCUCUCCAAAAAUAUCACCCGGUGUGGGCUGUCCAAUUCCACUCUCAACUACCUCCGACUCUGUGUGAUACUCGAGCCCAUGCAGGAGCUCAUGUCCCGCCACAAGACCUACAGCCUCAGCCCCCGUGAUUGCCUCAAGACCUGCCUUUUCCAGAAGUGGCAGCGCAUGGUAGCACCCCCCGCGGAGCCCGCACGGCAGCAGCCCAGCAAGCGGCGGAAACGAAAGAUGUCAGGGGGCAGCACCAUGAGCUCGGGGGGCGGCAACACCAACAACAGCAACAGCAAGAAGAAAAGCCCAGCCAGCACCUUCGCCCUCUCCAGCCAGGAUGUGAUGGUGGUGGGGGAGCCCACCCUGAUGGGCGGGGAGUUCGGGGACGAGGACGAGAGGCUCAUCACCCGGCUGGAGAACACCCAGUUUGACGCGGCCAACGGCAUUGACGACGAGGACAGCUUUAACAACUCUCCCGCCCUGGGCGCCAACAGCCCCUGGAACAGCAAGCCUCCAUCCAGCCAAGAAAGCAAAUCGGAGAACCCCACGUCACAGGCCUCCCAGUAAAGGCCUUGCCAUGGCCACCCAGUGCUCUGCCUGCCUGCCCCACCCCUCGCAGCCCCAGGGAGCAGAAGACAGAAUGAAGAGACUGAGCAUCUAAAAUGGGCAGCCUCCAUCCACCCACUUCAGGGAGGAACUGGACUCGCUGGGGGCAGGUGCCAAGAUUUGCCCCCCAGUGGCCCUGGGCUGGGCCUGGCCUCUGCAGAGCCUUUUGGGGGAAGGGGUUACUCAUGUGGAUGCCUGCGUGGACCCUGGGCCUCUCAGAAAUGUCCUGACCAUCCCCCAGGGCAUUUGCCUCCAUCUUCACCCCAGGUUCUGGGUUCCCCAUCCUCCUGAUCCCACCCCCUUCAAGCCUGGGGUUGUUUAUCCCACAACCCUUAGGGACUUAAAGUUAUGGGGCUUGGUUGAGUGCCCCUUUCCUAAGCCUUCCCCUAGGUGGCUGGUAGUAGAGGGCUGAAGCUCUGGCUCCUCCCUGCAGCCACCUAUCCCAGCUCCCAAGUUUUUUAAAAAAUAAUAUUAUUAAAAAUGUAAGUUUAAAAAAAAAAAUCACUCAUGUACCCCCUUUUUCCCUUAUUAAAAAGUCCAGCUACCUCCCUA